AUGGAUUCCCUAAGAUUUUUGGCCAUCUUAUCAUUGCCCUCGGCUUGUGUGGCCUACGAUUGGGGAGAUUUUCACAAAUUUGCAGUCAUAUUCUUCUCCCUACUGGGGACAUUCGUUGGGCUUGGCGCCAUCUUCACUGCCAUCUAUUUUGCCUGCUUCAAGAAGUUUUUGGAGGGCUUUAGAGAGGAGGUGAGUGGAUGUGAUCAAACGUCAUGUAUAAUAUCCCAAAAAUUGUUUAGGUGGCCGAAACUCACAGAAUGCACCAUCCAUGGCCUCUAGGCUCCGCCAGAUGGUAUUUCCAGCAAUGGCGUAAGUUGCUAAGACCUUUAUGAUGUUUUCAACUUGAUGGUUAAUAUCAGAUAAAAAAUCUUGAUUUUUAUAUCUAAUAUACCAAUUUUUAGUCCGAACUCAACGUUCUCAGGACCCUACUGGGCGUUCAGGAAAAUACCCGCCGCCUAGUGCCUAUCUUCAGCCGGAAUAUAUUCCUCAAGUUCCAGUGGUUGAUAAGUCGGUUCCUCAGACCACUUUUUCAACUCAAAAACCCUCCACAUACAUGCAGCCACCUACUCCGCAGAUCUUUGUGGAGCGUCCAGCACUUUUCAGUCCAGGCCGUAAGCUUUUGACGACCCUGCACUGUGCGAAAGUCGACUGCACAGUGCGGAUUUUUUCCUUGCACCGUGCAGCGCGCCCGAGGGCAAAGUUCGAUUUCUCUUUUCUGUCGGUUUUUUCGACUACUCUUGCUCAGUAUAAUCCGCACUUUACUUUCCUCAUGACGUCAUUCAGCAGAGUGCAAGAGCUAUUCCAAAAUCUCCGCACUGUGCGAAAUUUUGCAAUCUUAUAUUGCACAGUGCAAGUGCCUAAAAUAACUUUUGAUUUUCCAGACCGCCCAACCCACGGAGUUACCGAACACUUCCAGGAGUAUACCCUGGUUCGUGAAGAGAGUACAGUAUCCCAGAAGGGCGGAGAAAAGCCAGUUGUUCAGCAUGAAGGGAGGAGUGAAGAUCGGAUUGUCCGCACCACCACAACCAAUCAUAAUCAACAAAUUCUAGCGCCAGCUUCGACUACGUUCAUCUAA